ACGAGUUACGUGAUUCGUUUCAAGGACGCCUCCUCCUCCUCUUCUCGCUUCUCCGGAUCCAUAACCCGCUCACUAACCCCCGUGGCCAGUGGAGCUCGACCAGGAUCGGGCCACCGGGCCUCCGCCGACCUGCAGUGCUUCGUAAUCUCGGACAUUGGGCCGGAAUUGAUGGGUGCCUGUCUGAGAUCGCCUGACCAGUAAAGGUUAAGGGCGGGACCGACUUCAUGGAUGGAUGGACCAGCCCACGCCUAAGCCCGCGCCCAGUGCCUUCGAUCGGGCCGCCGGAGAGCACGCUCCCGGCUCGGCGGGUGGCACGAGCUUAGUGGGCGAGUGUUUGGAACUGCGUCCACGGGGCCACUCGGCCAUUUCCCGCUGGUCCACGGCCUCCUCCACAGCCUCCUCCUCGACCACCUCCUCGGGCUCGGGCCACGGGGAGCACGCCCGUUUGUUGGGCCCGGCCCACCGGAGCCCCGGCCGUUCGCCGACCCGCGUAGGCUUGACCGAUUGUUGGAGUGGAAGGAACGCCGAUCAAGUGGACGGGCCGGUCCCAGCCGUCACGGCCUUAGGCUCGAACUCGUCGCCCUCAACCUCCGGGCGGAUGUCUCGCUCUAUGUGGCCCUCGUUUUGCUGUCGGAAACGGGAGUUCACCUCCCGGACCGUUUGGAUUGGGCGGGAUUGCCUCCAGAAAUUCCCGCCCAAUGUGAUCCGAAAUCAGAAAUAUAGUGUGUUCACGUUUGUGCCGCGGGUAUUGUACAACCAGUUCAAGUUCUUUUUGAACUUGUUCUUCCUGCUCAUGGCGUGUAGUCAGUUCAUCCCGCAACUCCGGAUCGGCUAUCUCUACACUUAUUGGGGCCCCCUGGGCUUUGUCAUCUCUAUCGCCAUGAUUCGCGAAGCCAUCGAUGACUUCCGACGCUUCAAGCGCGAUCGUGAAGUCAAUCGCUUCCGUUAUGUGAAACUCACGCCUCGUGGCAAAGUGUCCGUCACCAGUGCCGAGAUCAAAGUGGGCGAUAUCGUGUUCGUCGAGAAGGGCCACCGAGUCCCCGCGGAUAUGGUGUUGCUGAAAACCACGGAGCAUGCCGGAUCGUGUUUUGUGCGCACCGAUCAAUUGGACGGUGAGACCGAUUGGAAGCUCAAAAUCGCCGUGCCCAUGACUCAGAAAGCCAGCACGGACGAGGCCGUCUUGAAUGUGGAGGCUUCGAUCUACGCCGAGAAGCCGCAAAAGGACAUUCACAGUUUCAUUGGAAAGAUCACGUGCGUCAACAUUAACGGCCAUGAGGCCGAGGAGUCCCUCAAUAUCGAGAACACCCUGUGGGCCAAUACUGUGGUGGCCAGUGGGAAAGCUCUUGGCAUCGUGAUCUACUCGGGUCCCGAGUGUCGAGCCACCAUGAACAAUUCCACGCCCCGGUCCAAAGUGGGCCUUUUGGAUCAAGAGUUGAAUCAACUCACCAAACUCCUUUUUGCGGCCACUCUGGCGCUCUCCUUCAUUCUCAUGUGUUUGAAGGGCUUUGAUGGCCCUUGGUAUUUCUACUUGUUCCGAUUCGUCUUGCUCUUCUCGUAUCUGAUUCCCAUCAGUUUGCGCGUUAACUUGGACAUGGGCAAGAUCUUCUAUUCCUGGCACAUUCAACGCGAUCGCGAUAUCCCGGGCACCGUGGCCAGAUCCACCACCAUCCCUGAGGAGUUGGGCCGUAUCAACUACUUGCUCUCCGACAAAACAGGCACACUCACCCAGAAUCAGAUGGUCUUCAAGAAGCUUCACUUGGGUACAGCCGCCUAUUCCUUGGACACAUUCGACGAGGUAUCGCAAAACCUGACCAGCUACUACAGAGCGUACCCCAAAUCUGGCGAAUCGACUGGACAAAAGAGUCGAAUGCGGAAAACGGCCACCACUCGUAUUGGCGAAGCUGUCAAGGCCUUGGCUCUGUGUCAUAAUGUCACGCCCGUGUUUGAGGACGAAUCCUCCGAACAAGACCAACAAUCCGAGGCCGACCGGCAGAGUGUCUUGUCGAGGGGCGUGGUCACGUAUCAAGCGGCCAGUCCGGACGAGGUGGCCUUGGUCACUUGGUCAGAGGCCAUGGGUCUGGCGCUCGUCGACCGAAAUCUCAGCUCGAUGAAGUUGCGCACUCCCAACGGGCAAAUCGUGAGCUACUCCAUCCUUCAGAUCUUUCCCUUCACAUCCGAGAGUAAACGGAUGGGCAUCAUCGUCCGAGAUGAUCUAACGAAUGAGAUCGUCUUCUACGUCAAAGGAGCCGACACCGUCAUGACUUUUAUUGUUCAAUACAACGAUUGGUUGGAAGAGGAAGUGGACAAUAUGGCCCGGGAAGGACUUCGUACAUUGGUGGUGGCCAAAAAGACUCUGCAUGCGGAUCAAUAUCACGACUUUGAGCAACGAUACAAUGCCGCCAAAUUAUCAGUGGUGAAUCGAUCUGCCCAAGUGGCGGCCGUGAUCGAGUCCUUGGAAAGAGACAUGGAGCUCCUGUCCGUGACUGGUGUGGAAGACAAACUCCAAGACAACGUUCGAAACACAUUGGAGGUGCUCCGAAAUGCCGGGAUCAAAGUCUGGAUGUUGACCGGGGACAAACUGGAAACGGCCACUUGUAUCGCCAAGAGUUCCAGGUUGGUCUCCCGAACCCAGAACAUUCACAUCUUCAGGACAGUCACAUCUCGUGCGGAAGCCCAUCAAGAGUUGAACGCAUUCCGCCGGAAGCAAGAUGCCGCCUUGGUGAUUAAAGGAGACUCGCUCGAGAUCUGCUUGGAGUUCUACGAGCACGAGUUCAUGGAACUCGUCACGGCUUGUCCAGCCGUGGUUUGCUGUCGUUGCUCUCCCGAGCAAAAGGCCCAAGUUGUCAGACUCAUCGGAGCACAUACCGGCAAAAUCACCGCCGCCAUCGGUGACGGAGGAAAUGACGUAUCGAUGAUUCAAGCCGCAUGUGCGGGGAUCGGUAUUGUUGGUAAGGAGGGCAUGCAAGCCUCCUUGGCCGCUGAUUUCUCGUUGACCCAAUUCUCGCACGUGGCUCGGCUCAUGUUGGUUCACGGCCGAAACAGUUACAAAAGGAGUGCCUCUCUGAGUCAAUUCGUGAUCCAUCGGGGUCUCAUCAUCACCACCAUGCAGGCUAUCUUCUCGGCCGUGUUCUACUUCUCGUCCGUAUCACUCUAUCAGGGCUUUCUGAUGGUGGGCUAUGCCACUGUAUACACCAUGUUCCCCGUGUUCUCUCUCGUCCUGGAUCGAGAUGUGCCCGGACGAACUGCCCUUACGUAUCCCGAGCUUUACAAAGACUUGACCAAAGGCAGGUCAUUGUCCUACAAGACGUUCUUCGUGUGGAACCUCAUCAGCAUUUACCAAGGUGGAGUCAUCAUGUUUGGUGCCCUACUUCUCUUUGAGGAUGAAUUCAUUCACGUGGUCUCGAUUUCAUUCACGGCCUUGAUCAUGACCGAAUUAAUCAUGGUGGCUUUGACCAUCCGAACUUGGCACCUGCUCAUGGUGCUGGCGGAGUUGCUUUCCAUCGUUAUCUACAUUCUAUCCCUCGUCAUCUUGAAAGAUUACUUCGAUGCGGAAUUCAUUCGAACGACAGAUUUUCUGUGGAAAACUAUGGUGAUCACGGCCGUGUCGUGCCUGCCCUUGUACAUCAUCAAGAUUCUUCGAAAGCGAUUCUCGCCUCCAUCUUAUGUCAAGUUGUCCUAAGGGCACCCCACAGCACGUGGUCUGUGAUAUCUGAAAGGUCUUGUACGAAGCCAAAAGAAGAGGCAUAAUGAUAAAAACUUCAUUCCAUAUACUUCAUCACAUGCAGGGUAAAUUUUCUACCAAGAUCUUAUUAUGGAUGGUAUUAAUCAUUUCAUGAACAUAUUCUUCAGCAUAAUUUUACAACGCUCUGAAUGAGUAGAGAAUAUUUCCGUUUCAAUACAUUAGACUUGACCCUAACCG